AUGGCUGUGAGGAUGCCUAUAGCCCCAGCCACUGGCAAGUGGAGGAUCUCUAGAGCUCAGGAGUUCAGGACCAACAUGGGAAGAGUAAGUUAUCAGGAACUGUUCACUUUGAAUGUGGAAGGGAAGAAUGCAACAAGGCUUUCUACCAUAAAGCAGUUUCCUGCCUUGUUGGCACAAAUGUUAGAUGGAGAUCAAGAAUUCAAGAUGGUUGGUGGCCAGAUUUUUGUGGACAGAGAUAGUGUUUUAUUUAGUUUCAUCUUAGAUUUGAGAACUCACUAACUUUUAUUACCCAACUUCUCAGAUUAUUGUAGGCUUCAGAGGGAGGCUCUUUUCUAUGAACUCCAUUCUUUGGUUGAACUUUUAAACCAGCACCUGCUGGGGCUGAGACCUGCUGUCUUGGAGGUGCAUUUCCUAAGCCAAAACACUGGAGCCUUUGCAGUGUUUGACUCUUGCAGCAAAACAGUUGACAUGCUAACUAGGAUUAUAGUGUUUACAGAGCAACCUGCAGUACCUACCUGGAGUAGUAACUCUUUCCCUCCUCAGAUGACCUUACUCCCACUGCCUCCGUAAAGACCUUACCAUGACCUGGUUUUCUGUUGUGGCUCUGACAGCACUGCUGAGAACCAGAUGGAAUCAGGUAUUUUGUAUGUUGCUAUAAAACCUGAUAACCAAAAAUUGGCCAAAACAAAUGUCCUUGGCUUACUGAUUGACGGUUUGUUAAAAGAAGGUUUUCAUCUUGUCAGUAUUAGAACAAUAUCCUCUGAAGACAAAAGUGAAUGCUACAGCUUUACAAGGAUAAAAAGCCCUGAAGUCCUCCCCAUGAAUAAAACAGGAAACCCGACUAUCAUCUUGCCAGAGCAACCUGAGAAAAAGAAAUGAAGUCAUUUCUCUUAAAGGGAAACUGCCGUUUUCUUGUUUGAAAAUCCUGUAUUUGGAGCAUAAAUGUUAGUCAAAUCUGUACUCAACUUUUUGUCCUCAUCUCCUACCAUGCCAUCUCUGGGCAAGGAAGCCCAAUAGUACUUAAGCCACAUCGAACUCCCUGCUGCUCUCUAAAAAGCACUGUAUACUUGGUGCUUUGGCAUAUGUUCCUUCAACAUUCAGUGCCUCUUUCCCUUUAUGAACACUUAACAGACCUUUCAAAGAUGGGCUCUAAAGUCACAGUGCUUAUUUCUAAUUUCUGCUCAUUUAUUAGUUAUGUAAUUUAGAUGUCAUUUAGAAUCUUAUCAACUAAUUUGGGAUAAUAAAGAUAUCUCAGGAUAUGUGGGGAUUAAAGGAGUCAAGUGUUCAUAUUGACUGGCACAUAACAGGCACUCAGUAACUCUUAGUGAUGAGAAUGGUGAUGAAAAUGGACAACCACUUUCAACUGCAUCUCUUUUGUGAGACCUUGUUUUCUUCCUUUCUUAGGCAUAUUAAUCAACUUUGUUUGUUUUUGUGUUGCUGGGGAUUGAACCCAGGGCCUCACACAUGCCAAACACAUACUCUACUACUGACCUAUACCCCCAGCCACCCUUCUGUAUAGAAUUAUAUACCAUCAUAAAAACAAAUUAUUCUUGAAUGUAACCUUCAAAGGGUUUUAAUAUUACUAUGUGUAAAGUACUGUGCCAAACACUUGGUGAGAGCAGUAAUACUUUUUUUUUACUAGUUAAUACCUAAAUUUGGUGAAAAGCUUUAGAAUAGCCUCUACGAACAUUAAAAUACACAUAUACUUUGAUUUAGUUUCUCUUCCAGGUGUUAUAUGUGUCAUUUUAAAUACUAGGAUAAAUACCUAGAAAAAGAAUCACUAAGUCAAAGAGCACUAAACGCUUUGCAAAGAGUAAAAAGUUGAAUGGAAGCACUUAACACCACUUAAAAGUAUAUAAUUUAUUCAAAAAUAUUUUUGAUAUUGAAUAUUAUAGUAAAUUUUCAGGAUUUUAAAAAGAUUAAGACAGGGGCUGGGGAUUUAGCUCAGUGAUUCUGCCACCUGCCUUGCAAGUGGAAGGACCCGAGUUUGAUCCCCGGUACCAAAAAAAAGAUUAAGACAAAAAUCCUAUUCCGGAGUAACUUAUAUUCAAGUAAGAAAGUACAUCAAAGUUCAAUAUGAAAUGGGUAACUUAUGAUUCAUAUUAUGAAGUAUUAUGCAGUCCAUAAAAAGAAUGAGGCAGACUUUACAAGUGGGGUAAAAAACCUCUCAAGUAAAAAAAUUGUAUCAAGUGGAAAAAAUGUAUAUAGUGUCUAUUUAUGGAAAAAUAUAUGAACAUUUAAAAAGAAAUGCAUAGAAUUCAGCAAUGACAGAAGUUAACUGUGGAGGGGGAGCUGAAUGAGUGAGGCUCUGGUAAGAUUUACUUUUCAUGAAAUGAUAUGGAUGUAUACUUAUUGUUAAAAAAGCCAUACCUGAGAGAGCGUGUGAAGAGGUACUGGGGAAGUGGGGAGGCUAUUAUGGCAUAGUAUGACCUAUUGUCUCUCCUAGUGACCCAGAUUUUACUCUACCACAUAACAUUUCCACUUAGUAAUUAGGCUGAAAUUUCUAGUGGUUACUUACAGAUUUCUGGGUUCUAGGUUGGCAAAAAAAGAUUUAAAAUUGAAAUGCUAUACGUUUUUUGUUUUGUUUUGUUUUGUUUUUGGCAGCUUAACCCUUUCUUUCUGCAGAAAAGCCAACUUGUUUUAGUUUUGGGGAUCCUGUGUUUGGUGUAGUUCCCUUGCUGACAUUAUUUGCUAGAGCACAAUAUUUCUAUUCUGAUAAAAUUUUGCCAUGUGUGUGAUUUAACUAGUUGAGUAAAUUGGCACUGUUUAAUUCUGUAUAGUGCUUUGCUGAGAGGGAGGGAGGGAGGGAGGGAGGGAGAGAGAGAGACUGAGACUGAGAUUUUCAUAUGGAUACCAGUUAACUUUUUUGUUUUUUGUCUUUUUUUUUUUUUUGAUGCUAGGGAUCAAGCCCAGGAUCUCCUGCAUGCUAGGCAAGCACUCUACCACUGAGGCAUGUCCUUGGUCCUACCAAUUAACUCUUAACU